AUGCAAGACCUCGGGCUUGCUCUCCAGCUGCAGCGCGAGGAGCUGGAAAGCCUGAAGAAUGGGAGGAAGGGAAAAGGCCGUGAAGGAGAAGCGGACGACCUCGAGUGCGCCAUCCAGCUCUUCGAGGCCGAGCUGUCGUCGUGCGCAACCCAAGCCUCCGACAGCGCCAUGUGCCGCAGCAUCGCCCGCGCUGUCGUGCUCGACGCCGAACUAAUCCGCGCCAUCACGCAGCAAGAGGAGCAAGCGGCGCAGGACCGAGUGCUCGCCAGCCGGCUGAGCUCGGGCGGUAUGGCACCGUCAACAGCGGCGUCUGCCCGACGCGCUGAGGUCGUGCGCUGCCAGGACCAGGACUCAGACGACGACGAGCAACGUCUGACCGAGCUCUGGAGAUUCAACGUUCCGCUCGACCAACACCCGGCCGAGUCCUCGACGUGGGCCGCGAGCCGGCCCGGCUCGCCAUCAACACACCCAAGCGGAAGCGGCCGGUGCGGCAGCGAACAGCCGACCAUCGAGUGCAACAGCUGCGGCGACCACCGCCCCAGCGCAGACGUCGCCCGCUGCGAAUGCGGCCACCACUACUGCCGCGAGUGCCUGGCGACGCUGUUCACGCUGUCGCUGACGGACGAGUCGCUGUUCCCGCCCCGGUGCUGCGGCCGGGCGAUCGCGCUCGACGGCUGCCGGCCGCUCCUCUCGGCCACGCUGGCGGGCAAGUUCCUGGCCAGGAAGGCCGAGAUGGACACGCCGAACCGGACGUACUGCCACCGGCCGGCGUGCUCCGCGUUCGUGCCGCCGCCGUUCGUCGUCGCCGACGUGGCCACCUGCGUCCGCUGCGGCAAGAAAACCUGCGCCAUCUGCAAGGGCGCCGCGCACGACGGCGACUGCCCGCACGACGAGGCGGUGCAGGAGCUGCUUCGCGUCGCGGCCGAGAACGGCUGGCAGCGGUGCUAUGCUUGCCAUCGCCUGGUCGAGCUGGAAUAUGGGUGUAAUCACAUGACCUGUCGCUGCAAGGCCGAGUUUUGCUACAUCUGCGGAGCCAAGUGGAAGACGUGCGAUUGUCCGCAAUGGAACGAGGACCGGCUGCUCGCCCGCGCGAAUGUCAUCGUCAAUCGCGAUCCCGGCGCCCAGCAGCUCAACGACGCAGGGAGGGCGAACCGAGUGGAGAGGGAGAGGCGCAACCUGGUGCACAACCACGAGUGCCAGCACGACAACUGGCAAGUCCGCCACGGCGAAAACCGCUGUGAACAGUGCCACGAUGACCUUCCGCUCUAUAUCUAUGAAUGCACGCAGUGCAUGCUCUUGGCCUGCCACCGUUGCCGGUAUAACCGUCUCUGA